UUAUAGAGGUUUCUGUGCAUCAAUUUAGGGCCCUUCGCGGACCCCGCGGCUCGUGUCGGAGACAAGCAAACAGACGCGUUGUGUUUCUGUAUCUGCUCUUGUCCCGUGGUGGUGUAGGGCUUGAUGAAUUCCGUGCUAUUUGCUGGUCUCUUUGUAUUUGCCAGUGCUGUGUUGGGCGACAACAAAGGGAGGAUUGCUAGUGUAAUUUCAGUAGUUCUGGACAUGUAGCAGGUUACAUUUGACACGGCAGCUUUUCUGAAGUUAAUUUUUCGCGUUACGUUGGCAGUGCUCGCUUAAAUGAAGCCGAGGUUGCUGAAAAUGAGAAGGCUUUCGAUGGUAAUCGGUGGGCUCUGGUCUCCAUAUACAUAAUUACUGAUGAUGUACUUCGGUUUUCAGCUCAAACUUUGCAUAAGCGUAUUGCAUUUGUAAAUCGGUCAAUUUUCUGGUCAGCUGCGGACUGUUAGAGAGAAUGAAAAUUGUGACGCAGUUGUGUAAAACAUCUCUCAUUGCCUGCUGGAGCAGCGCUGUCGGGAUUUGCGGCGCUUACACCAGCUGCUGCAAAAACGUCUGCGCAAUGCUUUUGCGCCAGUAGGCAUGCAAUGUUGGAUUUUUUUAAACAACGUAAAAUGCAUUCAAUCAGUUGGGGUAAAUGUUGGGGGGUAGACGGGUUCUGAAAGAAAUAGUUGUUUUGCUAAGGCAUGGGAAUUGUAGUUUAGCAUCCCAAGCGGAUCUUAGCUUACAGUAGCGCCUUUAAAGGAAAUGGACUACAACGCCCAUACGCCCAACUCUCUAGAUACUUUGUAAACUCUGUGCAAGUUGCGCGUCUGCACUGCUAUUUUAGGUAUGCUGCUAGUGCUAUCUGCUCGGCAGUGUGUCGGUUUGUCUGGUUUUGGCCUCUGGAAAUAAAUGAAAAGCGCCGGUAUUCGUUGACAGCGUCUGAACGGGAAUGAUCAGAAGGCGUUUGGCAACAAGAUUUUCAACUCAAUUCCCACUUGAAUACACUGGCCAGCAUCCAUAAGAUCCACCACACCUUGCACAGGCUGAAUCUUACAGAAGACGUUGGACAGGAUAGCCACCCCUCAGCUUGCUGCUCCAGAGCCAUGCCUCCAAGGAAAAAGAGGAGACCCUCUGCUGGAGAUGACAUGUCCGCAAAGAAAAGUCGGCAGGACAGCGUUUUCAGAAAACACGAGACUUCGCAAAUCCGUGAGGAGGAGACAUUUUCUAGUAAAAGAUGCCUGGAGUGGUUUUAUGAAUAUGCAGGCUGUGACGAUGUGGUCGGACCAGAGGGCAUGGAGAAAUUCUGUGAGGACAUUGGAGUGGAGCCAGAGAAUGUGGUGAUGCUUGUUCUCGCUUGGAAGCUGGACGCCCAGAGUAUGGGAUAUUUCACUCUACAGGAGUGGUUGAGAGGCAUGGGCUCACUGCAGUGCGAUUCCACAGAGAGGCUGAGGAACUCGCUCGACUACCUGAGAUCUGUCCUGAAUGACAGCACCAGUUUUAAGCUCAUUUAUAGAUAUGCCUUUGAUUUUGCUCGGGAAAAGGAUCAGAGGAGUUUGGACUUGAACACAGCAAAGUGUAUGUUGGGGCUUCUUCUGGGAAAGACGUGGCCCCUGUUUCCUGUGUUUAAUCAGUUUCUAGAGCAAUCCAAGUACAAAGUCAUCAACAAAGACCAAUGGUGUAAUGUUUUAGAGUUCAGCAGGACAAUCAACCUGGACCUCAGUAACUAUGAUGAGGACGGUGCCUGGCCAGUUUUGUUGGACGAGUUUGUGGAAUGGUACAAGGAAAGACAGAUGUCAUAGCUGCUGGUGGAAAAUGGAGGAAAAAAAAAUACAACUGUGACCACGAUGACUCUGAGAAUCAACAACCAAUAAGUAAACAAUACAAUAACGGUAAAGCAGUGACAGUGGGUGCUUCCUUGUAAAGGAGGGGUUCGGGCUGUGGGUGGGCUAGGGUGGGGGCUCUGGGUUUGCAGCUUGGGUGCACGCUGCCCAGAGCGUGGAGGCGGAGGGCUGUCAUUGAGGAGUCGUGUUCCCUGCCGAAGUUGCAUAGUGGGCAAGCUUGCAGCGAUCCCCCCGUGGCAUUGCUCUCUCUCACUGUGACCUGUCAUAUUGCUGUCUGUGUUAGGAAUAACAUGGUAUCAUACAUGGAUGACGGAAGCAAAAUGAUAUCGUGUGGGAGAACCACUCCUCACCCUUGUCUUCAGCACAGAGAAACCAACAGAAGUGACCAUUCAUGCAUUGUGUUUGAGUCUUAAACAGGGUCACUUUGACCCGGGCACAUUUAAGUAUUAUGUAUCUGUGCAAUGAACUUGAACUUCUCUGGACAGAUGGCACUAACUAUUGUUUGUCAUAUUUUGAGUUUGAUAGGAGUACUUCACGAAGCACACUGUGUCAAAUGGUUGAUUGCAGGUUUCUGACGCCUGUGCUGUUUACUAUUGAUUUGUGCCAGUUAUUUCUUUUCCCUCCAGGUUUUGUACCCUCCUGCUGUUUUGCUCUAGCUUAUGCUAACCAUUUGCAAACCCCCUACAAAGGCUUCAGACCUCACCACACCAAACAAAUCAGCAUUGCUGCUUAUUAACUCUUAUUACAGUACAGCGGUGAGCCACUAGUGCUCUGGUCAGCAUUUAUUGGUCUGAUGGCCAGUUUAUGUAUCUACGUUGUGUAGGUAAGAGUAUUAUCGUGCCUCAAAACAUUGAAGUCACUUUGUGUGUCCCGCACACAUACCAACAAACCCAAAUGUAUAUACACACGUGAAAAUACAUGCCACACAUGCCACAUACGCACACAUAGACACACUGACUGGUCAGGGAUAAUUUCAGGAUGAAUUCAGACUGUUUGGGCUGUGUUAUGAGUUGACAUAGAUGUAGUUGGUGUCCAUUUUGUCUUGAUAUCUGUUUGUCUUCCUUCAUCCACUGAUAGUUUCAGGUCUCCUGAGUACCGGUAGCAUCUCCCCCAACACUGACAGUGUGAAUAUAACUGCAGUGGAAGACCAGUGGCCCUCUCAGGAUGAGGUCCCUUAGGUGUGAGUAGUAUGGUAGGUUUGCUGAAAGCAUUGCAUUGUACCACCAGUAGGAUGUAAUCAAAACAGUGGACACUGACAGUUUGGAACUGUGUUAUGAUGCUAUGCUGUUCUUUUCGCAGAGUAAAAUGUUCUCGUAACAUAUGUAUAGAUUUUUGUCUUUGGCUGUGAUGUGAUGCCGAAUUGUCAGAUUUAAUAUUUGCAUGCAUGCUCCUACAGAGCCUUUUUGUGAAUGGAUGAGAAUUUUUGAAAACAUUUUUCAAACAUGGUUUUUUUUUUUUUUUUUUUUGUACAGCAAUUUGUGCAAGUGAUUUGUGCUUAAUUUGAUAUACACAAUCAUGCCAUUUUGGUUUAGAUGAAAAACAUGAUUGUGUUUAUUAAGACCUGGAACACACCUGUAACCUCACGGUGGAACAGGAGUUACCUCCUGCAUUUACCCCCAUCUUACACAUCCAUAUGCAUGCUGUGAAGCUCAAGCAAGCUGCAGCCAGUACACAGGAUAGAAUUUUAUUUAUUGCAAAUGCAUACAGUAAAUUGUUUUGCAACUCUUGCACCAUUCUGUUUAAGAUACACACACACACAAUACUCAUUGAAAUUUGUUCAGAACAUAAUACACGUCAACCUUCAGUGAAAUCUACUGCAGGUGAAAACAACAUCUAUUGUCAUUACAAUGCAUCAACCAUCAGCAUAAGAUUGAAUUAGUUGUUGGAUUGCUUACCAAAAACUGUGUAGAGAUCAGUGUUCUAGUAUUCUCCCAUGAUAAUGCAGGAGGAUGAACAGCCUUGUCCCAACUGUAUAUAUGUAUGUAAACUAUGUUAAGUGUCUAUAUGUCUGUUUUCACUAUAACCUAUGUCUAUAUACAUAAAUAAAAAGGUUUAUUAACUUA